GAAUCUGGACUGAUCCCAGUGAUCCAUCCCGGCCUGCAGGGGGAUCCAGCACUUCUCCCUCUCUCUCUCCUCUCAGGACAUGGCUGCCGGAGCUCGGGAGGAGACACACGGGUAAUUCUGCAGAUUUGAGCGCUUGGCAGAUCUGAGGACAUGAUGAAGGCGACGGCGAUCUUCAGCGAGAUUUACAGGUUGAACGGUUGGGGAUGGGACAGGCUCUGAUGCUGGCAGAACCAUCACUGUGAAAUAAACUACAAACUCAUUAACCGUCUGCAGAUACACCAAAGCACCAAAAUGUCUAAAAGCAAGAGCUCUGAAUCCGUUAAGGUAGUGGUGCGUUGUCGCCCCAUGAAUGAGAAAGAGCGAGUCGCCAACUUCGAUAGGGUGGUCUCUGUGGAUGUGAAGUUAGGGCAAGUGGCCGUGCGCAACCCUCGAGCCACGUCCUCCCAUGAGCACCCCAAAGUGUUCACCUUCGACUCUGUUUACGACUGGAAUUCGAAGCAGAUGGAGCUCUACGAUGAGACUUUCCGCCCAUUGGUGGACUCCGUACUGUUCGGCUUCAACGGGACCAUCUUUGCCUACGGCCAGACGGGCACCGGAAAGACUUACACGAUGGAAGGGGUGCGAAACGACCCCGACAGGAGGGGUGUCAUUCCCAAUUCCUUUGAACACAUUUUCACGCACAUCUCCCGCUCUCAGAACCAGCAGUACUUGGUCAGGGCUUCAUACCUGGAGAUCUAUCAAGAAGAAAUCAGGGACCUCUUAUCGAAGGACCAGAUGCGGCGAUUGGAGCUCAAAGAGAGGCCCGAUACGGGCGUCUACGUUAAAGACCUCUCUUCGUUCGUCACUAAAAGUGUUCGUGAGAUUGAGCACGUGAUGAACGUGGGGAACCAGAACCGCUCGGUUGGUGCGACUAACAUGAACGAGCACAGCUCUCGCUCUCACGCCAUCUUCGUCAUCACCAUUGAGUGCAGCGAGUUGGGUCUUGAUGGAGAGAACCACAUUCGGGUUGGGAAACUCAACCUUGUUGACCUGGCAGGAAGUGAAAGACAGACCAAAACUGGUGCUCAGGGUGAGCGCUUGAAAGAAGCCACCAAAAUCAACCUCUCCUUGUCAGCUUUGGGCAACGUCAUCUCAGCACUGGUGGACGGGAGAAGCACCCACAUCCCGUACCGUGACUCUAAGCUGACGAGACUGCUGCAGGAUUCCUUGGGUGGAAAUGCCAGGACGGUUAUGGUGGCCAACAUUGGACCUGCUUCCUACAAUGUGGAGGAGACUCUGACCACGCUACGCUAUGCAAACCGCGCCAAAAACAUCAAGAACAAGCCCCGCGUCAACGAAGACCCCAAGGAUGCCCUGCUCCGGGAGUUUCAGGAGGAGAUUGCCCGCUUGAAAGAACAGCUGGAGAAAAGGUCUGGCAAGAAGAAGAGAAAAAGGAGGAGGAGGAGGGUUGGAGAAGGAGGAGAGGAGUUAGAGGAUGAGGAGGAGGAGGAUGACGAUGAGGAGGACGGCGACGACGACGAAGAGGAAGAGAUGGUGCAGGAUAAGAACAUCGCGGAUUAUUGGCGUGAGCAACAGGAGAAGCUGGAGAAGGAGAGGAGGGCCAUCAUGGAGGACCACAGCCUGGUGGCAGAGGAGAAACAGCGGCUGCUGAAAGAGAAGGAGAGGAAGAUGGACGAUCUUCGCAAAGAGAAGGAGGCUUCAGAGAUGCUGGCGGCCAAAGUUAAGGCCAUGGAGAGCAAGCUGCUGGUGGGGGGGAAGAACAUUGUCGACCACACCAAUGAGCAGCAGAGGAUUCUGGAGCUGAAGAGACAGGAGAUAGCUGAACAGAAAAGGCGGGAAAGGGAGAUGCAGCAGGAAAUGGAGUGUCGUGAUGAAGAGACGCUGGAGUUGAAAGAGACGUACAGCUCACUGCAGCAGGAAGUUGACAUCAAGACCAAGAAACUGAAAAAGCUCUUUUCCAAGCUCCAGUCUGUGAAGGCGGAGAUUCAGGACGCCCAGGAUGAACAUGUCAAGUACAGGCAGGAGCUGGAGCAGACUCAGAACGAGCUGACCCGAGAGCUCAAACUCAAACAUCUGAUCAUAGAGAACUUCAUCCCACUGGAGGAGAAGAACAAGAUUGUGACAAGAGCCACUUUUGACGAGGAAGAUGAUCUCUGGAAAAUGACCCCCAUCACCCGGAUUCAGAACGAUCAGCAGAUGAUGAAAAGGCCUGUUUCUGCAGUCGGCUACAGACGGCCUCUGAGUCAGCAUGCCCGUAUGGCCAUGUUGAUGCGGCCUGAUGUCAGAUACAAGGCUGAGAAUAUCUUGCUGCUGGAGUUGGAUUUGCCCACACGGACCACAAAAGACUACGAGGGACCGGUGAUAGCGCCUAAAGUGGCUGCGGCUCUGGAGGACGCUCUGAGAGAGGAGGACGAGAUCCAGGUGGACGCCUCUGGCCUGCGUGCCAGCCUGGGCCCCAGUCCAGGCCUCAGCGCCUCAGCUGCUGGGUUUUCCAAGAAACCAAAGUCAGGCCGCCCAAAAACUGGCAAGAAGGUGAGCACUCCGACUUCAGCUCACAGCCCUCUGUCCGGCUCAGGGUCUCCUCUUUACCCACAGUCCCGAGGGCUUGUGCCCAAGUGACACCGGCCUUCACUGCUCCAUACCAACUAACCAGCUUUGGCAUUAAUGUUCUUAAAUGCCAGGCAUGGGAUGGUUUUCAGCAAAAUCGGUCGCAUUAAUGGAACGUCUCAUCGAGCUCCUCCUGGUGUGGCGUUUAAACCUGCCCUUAAUGCUACCUUGUAUUUAGAUGUCCCUUUGACAUCGUGUUUAUAGCACAAAAAAAGUUACAUUUGGCAACCUUCAAAGUCUUACAGUUCACCACAAGAUGAAGGUCCACAGAUUUAGUUUGCACUCGAACGAAAUGUUACAUGUUUUGUGUGUGUGUGUGUGAGGUCACGAGACGGCAGAUGGUCCCGGCGUUGUGACCACACGUGUUAGAUUCGUCAUUGUGGGGAUGUUUUUGUGUGCGUGUUUCUAAUUUUUCCAAUUGUAGGAAUAACAAAUUUCUCACAGAUGAUAUUUCUGCUGGUUUGGGCCACAGAAGCUCUGUAUUGAGAGACAUUUCAUGAUUGGCCGAGACCCAAAACGACUUUCUCAAAGACUCUCGGAGUCUCUGUGGCUUUCGUCGCAGUAUCCAGACGGGAGCGGGGGUUUGAAGCUCAUCACGCACUAAGAUCAUCAGGGUUCAAAGGUGCCUUAGAUUCUCAUCGAGUACAGAAGGAGGUCUCCUGGUGGUCUGAGAGUCCCUUGACCCGAUAGCUGGAUAGCAGAACCUGGAAUCCACACAAAACCCCCAGUGGAUGUUUCCUGAACGCUUUGAGUUACACUAUCAUCAGUCUGUUGUGUCGGGCAGGCUUGUAUUUAAUCGUUAAAUGUUACACGAGGAGAUCUGUAAACAUGAGGAGGAAGUCUUAUUUCUGUCAGACCUUGACUACCCCUCCUUAAACUAGUGAAGAUGAUACCAUUGCCUGCUGCUACUGUAGGGUUCUCGUACCCGUCGUGUCAUAGCAUACGGUUUAUGUAUAUUGAGACAUGUUAGUAAAUAGAUCUGCUUUAUCAUUGCAGUUGUAUUAAAAUAAUAAUUAAAUCAAAUAAAAUAAAUGCAGUCUUGGAGUAACAUUUAAAAGGCUAAUUUGUUACCGUACUAGUUGGUUUUAUAUUCGAGCAAUUGUAGAUAGUUUUUAACAGUCUUAUUUUCUUUGCUUAGAUUUAUAUGGUUUAUUUUUGAAUAUGUAUUAUUUAAAUUUAUUUUUGCAUAUGAGAUUUAAGUAUAAUUUUCAUGUGAUUAAGUUCUUCUGUGUUCAGCAAAUUACUUCAUCAAAUAGUCAACACAGUUUUUGGAUUAUCAGAAUAUGUACUGCAAAUCCCUGAUGCUGGUAUUCCCACUGAAAUGUGUGAAUUUCUUCAUGUAAUCCUGGCUGUAUUAUUGCAUAUUAUGUUUAAGGUUUUAGCAUGACAUAAGAACACCUAAAGCAUUCUAGACUAAUUGAAAGUAUAUGUCUGCAUUCUAAUACUACACUUUCACCUUCUUCCAUGUGAUGCAUGAGUUCAGUUCUGAUGAUCAACCACACACAACACAUUUUUAAUGUGCACACAUUUUUUUGUUAAAAUGUUUUUGAACUUGUAUUUGAGUUUGAGUUGAUGUCCUAAAUGUCUUACAACUUAAUCUUUUAAUUAAAGAAUGAUUAUUAUG